GGAAAUGUAGGCACAGAAGCGCAUGGGACUUCUCGUUCGUCCGUUUCCGUUCCUUUUAUAGGACUGAACCAGUUUGAUUCUUUAGGCAAUAAUAAUAAUUCCUAGGCGUCCAAAAUGAAAGUCUCCAGCAUAGACUGCCGGCGUCUGCGGAAAAUCAUCAGGAAGGAGUGUGGAAGCUGCCUUAUUGUGGAUUGUCGACCUUAUUUCUCUUUCACGAACUCCAAUAUUAAAGGUUCUGUCAACGUCAAUCUCAACUCCGUGGUGGUUCGGAGGUCCCGGGGAGGACCGGUGCCUCUGCAGUUUGUCAUACCGGAUGAGAGAGCACUGUUUCGGCUGCGGGAGGGGAGCAUAUCGGCGAUCGUAGCUCUGGAUGACCGGACGUCCCACUGGCAAAAACUGAAGAAGGACAGUGUAGCACAAAUAGUAAUAAACACUCUAUCUCACCUGACGAGCGGGGCGAACAUCUGUUUCCUUAAAGGCGGAUAUGAGAACUUCCACUCUCAAUACCCUGAACUUUGCACUGAGGUGAAAACCAUCGACCAGAACGGAACUGAAACUGAGAAACGAGUCAGCAGCCACAAUGAGAAGCUCUCUCACCACAAACCAGAUUAUGAUCAGGGUAAACCUGUCGAGAUCCUGCCUUUCCUCUACCUCGGUAGUGCCUACCACGCCUCCAGACAGGACUAUCUCAGCGACCUUCACAUCACAGCCUUGCUUAAUGUGUCACGCAGGGACCUGCAGCCAGCAAAGGGCCACUAUGACUACAAGUGGAUCCCAGUGGAGGACAGCCACAUGGCCGACAUCAGCUCGCACUUCCAGGAGGCCAUACAAUUUAUUGAUCAUGUGAAGCAAUCAGGGGGAAAGGUCCUGGUCCAUUGUGAGGCAGGCAUCUCGCGUUCCCCUACAAUCUGCAUGGCGUACAUCAUGAAGACGCAGCAGCUGCGACUAGAUGCCGCCUUCGACAUCAUCAAGCAGCGUCGGGCAGUCAUCUCCCCCAACUUCAGCUUCAUGGGUCAGCUGCUGCAGUUUGAGUCAGAGGUCCUCUCUACAGCCCCAGCUCAUGCAGCCACACCUGAACCAGCUACACCCUGCGUCCCGGAGUCAGCCUCCUUUUUUGCCAACGACUUCGCCACCACCUUUAACACCAAAAACUUUGAGCCACCUGUGUUCACCCUCCCUACCUCUUGCCUGCAGUCCCCUGUCCACCACCAGUUCAAACUGAGCCCAAUAACUGCACUGCCUUAAAAUGAACUGUGACUGCUUGUAGUCUUACUUGAAAAAAUAAGAAAAUAAUACUCUGUGUGCCUGGUGUUGAAACCAGCAGAGCAGAUACACUGGAGAUCAGAAAGAGAAAAAACUAAAGAAAAAGUGUUAUGGAACUUUUGUCCUAUAGGGACCUCAUACAAUAAUGCUCUUUUCCUGUCUUCUGAACUGGUGUGAUGAAGCGACAGCACAGUGAUAGCCUAAACUGGAAUAUACAUGCCUUAGGUUGAUAUUGUGAUUUGCCUCCUGUCUGGCAUUUAAAUAAUUUAUUUGAGAAUUACAGUCUGUCUGAAUUUUUUUUAAUAAUGUGGAUGUUUAUGUGUGUUGAAUAAAUGUUUUCAUCACAAAA